AUGGCCCUCCCAGUCGAUUUCCCCUUAAAAGUUGCAGGCGGGAAGACUAUUCAGAUCCCGUCCGUGGGAUUUGGUAUCUGGGGUGGAGGUGAUCCAGGGUGGUGUAAAGCCGCUACGUUGACGGCUCUGAAACUGGGAUACAGACAUUUGGAUUGUGCUUGGAUGUAUGGUGUCGAUGAAGAAGUUGGAGCGGCAAUCCGAGAAUCAGGAGUCCCCAGAUCCGAAAUAUUCAUCACGACAAAAUUCUGGCCACACUUCUCUGCGCCCGAGAAUGUGGAAUUGUGCCUGGACCAGUGCUUGAAACGGAUGGGCCUCGACUAUGUCGACUUGUUCCUGGCGCACUGGCCCGUCGCAUUCAAACCGAUAUCGCGAGACGCCCUUGAGAAUGCGCAUAGCCGUGCCUACGUCUCCAAGACGGAGAAAGGAAUCUUGGUGGAACCAGGCACCGAUAAAGCAGUGUUUGACUGGGAACAUACCACCAGCAAUAUCGCGGCUCAAGCCGGUCAGCAAGGCAGCUACGUCCCUACGUGGCAAGCGAUGCAAAAACUCGUGUCAACGGGCAAGACACGAGCGGUUGGCGUCUCCAACUUUUCCAUCGCUGAAGUCAAGGAACUCUUGCCGUACGCGCAAGACGUGCCCAUAUCCUGCAACCAGGUCGAGGUCCAUCCAUGGCUCCCAAACAACGAGCUCAUCACUUUCAUGAAGGAGCACGGCAUCCUGGUCACCUGCUACUCUCCGUUCGCGGGCCAGAAAGCGGAUGGAAAGACACUGCUCAAAGACCCCACAGUCGUGAAGCUGGCCGAGAAAAACGGCAUGGACGUCGGACAGUUGCUGCAGAGCUGGGCUGUCCAGAGGGGCACCGUCCCUCUCGGAAAGAGCCAGACAGAAGUCAGGGAGCUGUCGUCAGAAGAUAUGCAAGUCCUCGAUGCGCUGGAAAUUCCCAACGGCAAGGGAAGGACAAUUGACCACAUUCAUGACUGGGGCAUCAGACUCUUCACCAACUGA